AUGUACCGUGUGCGACAUCCUCCGUGGCGUCCUCUGCACCGCCCGAAGGCAGAUGAUGAGAGCUUCGUGGACCGUCGCACGGAGCCACUGGACAUGGGCGUGUCACUGGAGAGUCCCCUCUUGUCUAAUGAUGGUGAAUCUAUAGGUGUAGCUGCUACCGGUCAGAUUAGAAAGAAAAUAAAGAAUACUUGCAUCAGUUUUCUCUUGUGGUUGGCAUAUUUGAUGGCUGAUUGGGUAGCUGCAUUUGGGAUCGGGCUCAUUUCUCACAACCAAGGCAAUUUGUCUACUCAUACAAUUGAAGUAGACAGAGCACUUCAGGCAUUUUGGGUCUCAUUUCUCUUUUUACAUCUUGGCGGUCCUGACACCAUCACUGCCUACGCUAUGGAAGACAGUUCGCUUUGGCUACGCCACAUGCUUAGUCUCAUCUUCCAAGUUGCCGCCGCCAUCUAUGUCUUUAUACAUAUAUUUCUUAGCGACAAGUCACUAGUAAUCCCAACAAUGCUGGUGUUUCUUGCCGCAGUUAUUAAAAAUGUAGAGAGGACAUUGGCACUUAAUCUUUCAAGCCUCCAGAGGGUUAAGGAAUCACCGCUCACAAUAUACACAUCAUCUGAUGAUGAAUAUUUCGAGUGGGACAUCGAACGGGAUAAAGCAUAUAAGGGGUUGGUUAAAGAACUUGAUGAUCUAGGGUAUGGAUAUCUUGAUAUAGAAGAAGCAAAGCUUCCUGAGACUAUUAUGGUGAAGCAUGCUCACUCCUUCUUUCAAAUGUUGAAGGCCAUCAUCGGAGAUUUCAUGUUAACAUGCGACCAACGGGAUAUGAGCCGUGAAUAUUUCUACAAAAUUUCUGCGGUGGAUGCGUUAAGGGUGAUAUCCGUCGAACUUCAUUUCAUGUACGAGGUGCUCCAUACAAAAGCAUUGGUAAUACGCUCCAAGUGGAGCUACAUUUUCCGCUUCAUAGCCUUCACUAGUAUUGUGAUUGCUUUGGUUCUAUUCAAUCGUUUGAAGAAGCAUCGGCUCCCUAAACUCACUGUGGAAAUUACUUAUACCCUUCUUCUCGGAGGGAUUGCUCUUGAUGUGAUAGCUCUAUUCAUGCUCAUUUUCUCCGAUUGGAUUGUUGCUGGAAAAGAGCGAGAUUCAUUUAUCCACAAGUUAGUAUCUGCCAUGUAUAACUUGAGGAAGCCCCGAUUCGUUACAUAUAAACCAAAGCGUAAUGCUAAGGUUACUUAUGCGGUCUUAGAUACACCAUUUAUAUUUCGAAGGUGGUCAGAAUCCGUCCCUGCUUGCAAUAUUUUCUCCAUGUCCUUUAAGAAGAGACCGAGAAAGAUGUAUAAGUGUGAUCGCCAUUGGGGUUUCAUCGUGUUUUCUAAUAUCUGCAAAUUUUCAUCCCGUAUGACUGAGAAAAUUAUCUCUUUUUUUCGUCAAGCUGGGAGCACAAUCGCCAAAGGCUGUGGUUUGGAGACACGGGUAAUAAUGAUUGAGAAUACGAGGUACGUGUCCAAGAAUCCCCUUAUUAAUAAGCUAUGGGUCUUUAUUUUUGAGGAGAUAAAACGUAAAUCCAAGGAUGCAAAUGAUUUAAGCGAGGUAAAGGAGAUAUUUGAGGCUAGAGGUGCUUUGUCUCUAAAGAAUAGCAAUGCGGAGAUCGAUUGCGAAAAUCUUUUAAAGAUGGUCACCGAUGGAAUUUUCAAUUAUAGUAUUGUACAUUUGCAUAUUGUUACUGAAGUACUUUACAACAAGGAGUGUUCAUUUACAGCCCCAAAUGAUGAAAGGGAGUUUAGCAAGAUCCUCUCCGACUAUAUGUUGUAUCUUUUACUUAAUCAGUCUAAAGUAAUGUCCACCGUGGUGGGUGUUUCUCGAGCGCUUGUAGCGGCGAUAUUGUUUAACCUAGAAAAUCUUAAGGAUCACACGAUUGAGGACGUGGAGGGGCUAUGCAAGACAUUGGCUGAUGAUUCUUGGGUCAAUAAAGGACGCUUCAUCGUCGAUUGGGAGGAUGAAGCCACAGAGAUGGAAAAGCUCGGGGAAAGGAAGUGGGAGGUGAUGAGCAGAAUGUGGGUUGAGAUGUUGUCAUACGCAGCAGUUCAUAUUCAGGGAGAGGUACAUGUGCAAGUGCUGAGCAAGGGUGGAGAGCUUCUAGCCUUUGUUUGGCUGUUGAUGGUUCAUUUCGGUUGUUACUACAAACCUGAUUAUGACAUGUGUUGGUAA